GGAGGGCCCCUGUCUGGUGGCCUCGGCUCUUGCUGCUGAUAUGCCUCUCAAAGUCAUUAAACACCCACAGGAAGUGAAGUUCUCUUCUGCAGAUGAGGAUGUCCCUGUAGAGACACAUGGAGAGUCAGUGGGAAGCAAAACUGGGAGAGAAAGUAAGACUAAGUGCAGUCCACUUACCGGCUUUGAGGUGUUUGAGAUCUUUGCGAAGAAAAGACAUUUGGGGGAGCUCCAGUUUUAUCAUUUAAAGGCUUCUGAAGAUGGUCCUUACAGGCCAUAUGACCUGCAAGUGGUGCCACGAAACAAAGCAGGCUCAAAUCACUACAUCUUCUCCCCCACCUCAGUGAUGCAUGUGCAGGAUGGCUGUAGUGUUGGGCUUUUAACACUAGCCGAGUGGUAUCGAGAAGCAGUGCUUUGGAAAGCCCUGCAAGAUAUCCCAUUUUUCCGAAACUACCUACUAUGCAAGCCCUUCAGGCGAUGGAAAAGAAACGUCUGCCGGAUUGUGUUUCAGCGCAGGCGUAAGCUUCUUCAGUCUCAGCAGCUGACAGCAGUGCCCCAGUUCAGAGAAGCUUUAUUUCAUUUCACCAGACUGCUUGAAGAGCUUAAAAAAGUGCACUGGCUUCCACAGGAUGAGAGAAGGACAUACACACUUCUAGAAUUCCAGACUACACUCCUGAAAAGCAAUCAGGAAUCUCAAGGUGUUUUGAAGAGAUUCUUACAUUACCGUUCUCUGAUACUGGCUAUGGUACAGGAGACCAGUUACAAGGCACACCAGGAAUUACAGCAUCAAGUGGAACAGUCUCAGCUGAACCAGUGUACCCAGCCUAUCCAUCUUCAACAUGCCUCUGCUGGCAGUCUUAGUAAAGAGUUGGACCAGACUGAACAAGUCCUGCAAAGGCUGGGAAACAUUGCUGGUCUUAUGGACUGCAUGAUUGUUCAAAGCCUUGUUACCAUCUCUAACCAUGAGAUCACGGCCUUCCUCAUUAAUGUUUUGAAGAGGGAGCAGGAGCAGCAGGGCAGUCUUUUCCAGGCAGACCUGACAUUUGGGGAAGAUGGUCAACUUACUAUCUUUCCACCUAUACAGCUGUUCCAGGAGGUACUGAUUGGAGCGCUGCUGUCAGUGGGUGACUCUGCAUUACAGGUGUUUGACUCCUGCAAUAAUUCACCUGCCUCUAAAGAUUCUCUGACAGCUUGUUUUCAAGACCUUUCUCCUAGCACUGGCCUUGCAUUUCUACCCAAAAGGACCUCUCUUAGAGUUCAAGGACAGAGAGUACGAGGGCAGUACUAUCCCCUGUCCAGAAAGCAACUAGAAUGGCACCUGCGCCUCCAUGCUAGGACACAGGACAUAGAGAAAGAGCAAGCUAGAAUCACACAGGAAGCCCACCAAGAGAUCCAGCAGUUGUGUGAACAACAUUCCUGGUUGGUAGACACUCAUUUGUUUAGUACCCAGUGGAGCACAGCUUCACUGGAGAGCAUGAGGGGGUGGCCAGCUGUUAAAUACAAGGAGCACAUCCAGAAGGUUCACCUCUGGAGAGAUGGAGUGAGCGCUAUGCGUCCUGCUUUCACCACCUCCAAUAAGCUGCUCACUGUCACCUGUUCUCGCAUUCAAGAGAAGCUAGUGCCCUUGCUGACCACCAUUGAGGAGGAUUCUUUAAAGUUGAUGUCUGAUGAGCUGCAGUUACACUCAGCAAACCUGACAUCCAAACUGAAGAAAGUCAUUGAGAGACUAAGACGUGAGCCCACUGACCUCAGUGACUUCGCAAAUUAUGCUGGCAUGGUAAAACGCUACAAGGAGAUGUCAGCUGAUAUGCAACAACAGCUAGACAACCUUUGCUCUCUUCAGAGGAUAAUUGAGCUGACUCCAGGGGAGAGUGCCUGUAUGGAGCAGACACUUCAUCUGUGGAAACAGUUUGUUCCUCUCCUGAAGCAAGCAACACACACAGUCAACCAGCAGCUGUCCUCCAUGACUAACACUUUGGACAGCGCUGUUUCCUCACUGACCAAAGAAUUAGAGGAUUUGGUCUGCAGUGCCACAACUGGACCUUAUCUUGACCCAAACCAGAGCACUGACCACAUGAUUGCUGAGCUCAGAAUAAUAAGUAGACAGUUUAAUGUAAUAGCUGCGCAACUGAAUGAGCUGAGCAGGAGCAGUCAGAGCCUAAGAGGACAGCUGUUGGAUCUCACAUUUGUGACAACUGCUAAACAGAAUAUCGAGGCACGGAAAGAGCUUUGGGAGCUAAAGGGUGUGUCUACUGCACAGAUUCAAGAAUGGAGGCUCUUGCUGUUCAGUAAGUUUAUGGUAUCCAGAGCCCAGGAAAAGGUAUCUGAAUGGCUUCAAGAGACAGUCUCACUAGCAAAGGUCAUCCCUCCUCAUGAUGGAGUACUUCAAGAAACCUUAAGCACACUUGAGAAGUUCAACCAGCAACUCUCCAUAUUAGUUAAGCUAAGCAGCCCCACACUGAAAUACAAACACUGGAGAAACAUCUUUAACGGUAUAGGUCUCCUCUAUGACCCAGAACAGAAUUUAACUGUGGCCGAUCUUAUGUCCAAAGAACUACUGGAGCAUCAAAAUAAAAUCAACAAGAUCUGCAGAGAGGCCAAAGCUUCAGCAGAUAUGGAGCAUGUAUUCCGGAGGCUUCAGCAGGGCUGGGAAGGGACAGAAUUCAGGCUUGCUAAGUUCAUUGUCACUGUGUGGCAGACAACCCAUAGUGCUAUACAGCAGCAAUCCUGUGACAGUGGAACCUUCACCAUUAUGGAUCUAAAAAUACUGCUGGCUCAGACUGAAGACAGUAUUAUGACUUUAUCCAGUAUGCUGCUUUCUCCACAUGCUGCUGAAUUUAGGAGGGAGGUUGAACAUUGGAUGCAGCUUUUGCAGGAACUUGAGGAACUGCUAGAUUUUUGUGAAAGAUACCAGCAGAAGUGGGUUUUCCUCAGCAAACUGUUCUAUGAGACAUCAGUGAGCACACACAAAGCUGAGUUGCUACAGAAGUUUUCCCCAGUGGAUAAGACAUUUCGUGAAAUGAUUCAGUUUACAUUAAGUGACCCAAAUGUAUUGAAUUUUGUCCAAUUGAGGAAGACUACAGAGACAAGAAGUCAGUUCCAGGGACAAAAUCUGCGCAUUCUCUUCAUUGAAGGACUUACAGUAAUGGAAGAAAUUUCCAAUCAGUUGAUGCAUCUCUUAGAUUCACAGCGUGGUGAGUUUCCCAGACUAUGCUUUCUCAGUGAUGGAGAGGUGAUAGAACUUCUCCAACACCACCUGCCACCCUCCUCCCUUCUCUCACUGGUGCGCAGAUGCUUCAGAGGAGUAAGAUGGCUUGAGGUUAUCAACUGUGGUGAACAUGACAUGACAGACGUAUCCAAUGAAUUAGAUCUAUCCAGCACCCAGAUGUGGGUAAGUGGUGUGUAUGGAGCUCUAAAGGAAUACAUGCCCUUCUUCUGUCCUCUAGAGCCAAACCUAAAUCCUGUGAUAUGGUUUGGGCUUUUGGAGAAGAAGUUAUAUCAAACAGUGAAAAGGCUGAUGUUCAAAUGCACUGUUGCUCGACUUUGUCCUCUGCCAAAACAGAAUGAUCAUGAACUGGAUAAGGAUGAUGGUGAUAUUCCUGCACCUGAACUUUCUUGCAUCUCCAGUACAUUAAGAAAGGGUGUGGAAGAACCUUCAGAUGUUCCUGAGCCGCCAGUUGUUUUGCAACUAAUAACUGAAUAUCCUCUGCAGUGCCUUUUGGUGGCAGAGGAAGUUUUCUGGUGUCGUGAAAUCGAAAUGGCUUUUACUGACUCAGCUCAAACCAAGUGGGUACCAAUUAAGUCUCAGAAUGCAACAAAACUUAAGAGCCUGUGUCAAGCCAUACGAAAUAUCACUGCAAAUUCAAAUGGUAGUUCCUUGACAUCCCAGUACACUGUCACAGCGCUUCGUGCUUUGGUUUUACUUACAAUGAAGCAUGCCCAACAAGUCGAUGGGCUUCUUGCAACACAAGGUAGCCUAGAAUCAUCUUUUGAAUGGCAGAGGCUAAUGAAAUAUCAGUGUAGUGCCAUUGAUCAAUGGACACAAAGCCACGAGUCUCAGGAAGACUCAGACUUCACAGAACACUCUGUUAAUGUGAAUGUCUUGGGAACGCAGUUGGCCUACGGCUAUGAAUAUGUAGGGCCUGAAAACUGGGUGAUGGUCAACACCCCCUCAACAGACCGAGCAUUUUUGGGCAUUCUCCUUGCCCUCACCAGUUUCAGGUGUGCCUUUGUUAGUGGACCCCUCAUGUCUGGUAAGAAACAAACCGUAUUCCAGUUAGGAUGGGCACUGGGACAGCAAGUAAUCACUUUGAGUUGUUGUGCAAGUACAAGUUCUUUGAUUGUUUGCCAAAUGCUGCUUGGUGCUCUUCAAACUGGUGCAUGGCUAGUUCUUGAUACUGUGGAUUCAAUGGAACAGGGAACGUUGUCUAUUCUAGGGCAACAUUUGACAGACAUUCAUCAGUGUCUAUCAGCACUUCAAAGAAAUACCCAGCAAAAAGUGCAAGAGCUAGAAGAUGAUAAUGAUAAAUGCUCACCAAAGACCAGAGAUGAGGAUUUCACUACAAUGGCUGAAAUGGAAUGUAAGGUACAGUUUGGAGGAAAAAACAUUUCAGCCAACCUAAACUUUGGCUGUGUCAUAAUUUCAUCACAUGGGUACUCAGCUGAAAUACCAGAAAACUUGCGAGUUGCUUCAAGACCUGUUUCACUGAUGCAACCUGACUACAGCAUCAUUGCAGAGAUUUUGCUAGUUUCAUUGGGCUUCUCUGAAGCAACCAGCAUGAGUCGGCGUCUGAUUACUCUUUUUAACCUAGCUAAGGAUUCAUUUUGCCUUCCAAAUUUUGUCAUACGAAAUCAGUCUUCCUGGCUUGUUCUGCUCAGAAAAGUCAUACAUGCCUCUGGAAUACACCUUUACAACAAUUUUGAGAAAACUGAUGAAGACAGAUUUCUUGUGCGCGAUGGGCCGAGACCUGUUGAUCUACCUCUCAAAGGAUCUGACAAAAUACAAGAAUUUAAAGACUACUAUUCAUCUCUCUGUAAGCGCACCAGCAAAUUUUCCAUUAUUAAUGCUGUUAGAGAAGAGCAAGCAAUAAUCAAAGCAGUAAUGUUUGUACUGUUGCCUGCUAUCAUUGAGCCCAAGAAGGCCUCACAAUUCCAUACCAAUUUUGAAGAAAUGUUUCCAAUGGCAAGAUUCACUGAAGAACAGUUCAUUGAAGAGAGUAAGCAAAACCUCCUCCGAAAUGCUAUCACAGAUGAGUUGGACCGAACGGGAUUUCAUGCCGACACGCAACAGCUUCACAAUGCUGUGACCCUGUUUCAGACACUAGAGUUCUCUAAGGCAGUUGUGCUUGUUGGGCCAGCAGGUAGUGGGAAGACAACUUUAUAUCGAGCUCUUGCAGGAGCACUUCGACAACUUGCAGCAAAGUCUGUGGAGGCUGAAUUUGAGGAAGACAUUGAAAACACCAAGCUUUUGUCAACUUCAUGUUGGUGCUCUGUUAACACUGUGAUCUUAUUUCCUAAUGCUUUUUCCCAUGAGGAACUUUUUGGUGGAUCUGAUGAACAGCCAGGCACUUGGAGGGAUGGAGCCUUCACGAAAGUGAUAAGAGAUGCAUAUGGCCAAGAUCAUUUAGGUAAUGAUUUUUCUGAAAUCAAUCAGAAAAAGGUUGAGACUCGAAAAGUUAAAUGGCUGGUACUAGAUGGGGAACCCUUAAGCCAGCCUGGAUGGUUUGACUCUUUGAGCACCCUUGUUCACCCCAGAGACCCUUUUCUUUGCCUUUCAUCAGGCGAGAAAGUUCAGCUAUCACAGGAGGACCUUAAAAUAAUUGUUGAGAGCACCACUCUUAGUGAUGCAACUCCCUCAACACUGGCACAGUGCAGCCUGGUGUAUGUUUCUGGAAAGGAUCUGUGGAAGGCUGUAUGGAAAGCUGAGAUGGAUGCUCUGUACAGGGAUUGUACUCUGGACCAAAGCACUCUGAAGAUGUGGAGCUAUCUAGCUGAAGAUCUUUUCUCUAGAACUCUCAUUUUCCUAAGACACAAUGCAUUAGCCACUGUAAUGUCCAGUGAUGGAGUUGAAGCCAGUAAAUCCAGUCCAGGGGUCACUGAUGGUUUGCAAGAAGUAACCUCAUUCAUUAAAAUCCUCCAUGCCUUUUUGGGAGAGUCUGGAUGUGGCCUGAAAACAACAUCUAAGCAGACUGAAAAAAAAGACACUGGUCCCAAGCCAUUUUCCACAGAACUACAGGCAAGAAACCUCUUUGCAGUAGCCUAUAUUUGGGGCUUUGGAGGACAGCUGCAUCCCAGAUACUGGCCACACUUUGAUAUUCUUGCACGAGAAGCCUUGUUUGAGAGCCGUUACAAAAUUGAAGUGCCAGCUGAGGGCACAGUAUUUGAACAUUUCUUCAGCCUCAGAGAUGGAAUUCUGGAACACACUACCAAUGAGAUCAGCUUAACCAGGAAAAAGAGACCACACAUACCUCUUGAACUCAUGUUGGAAGCCCAUCAACCAGCACUAUUAGUUGGAGAAGCAGGUUCAGGCAAAACAACAUUGUGCAAGUCUUUAUCACAAGAAAGACAACAUAUGCACUUAACAGCUUCUCCACUGCUACAUUCUGCGUAUUUUUGUGAUAUACUUGAAAGUAUGGGAAGUUACAAGACUCGACUGGCUUCUUUGGGUACUGUCAGGCAGCAUCCUGGUUUACUUCUGUUUGUCGAUGACUUACAUGAAGCACCUUUUGAUAAUAAUGGAAAGACAUCAGUCCUUUUGGAGAACUUACGUCAGUGCAUCUCUAGGGAUGGAGUGCUGACUUCAGAUGGCUAUCAUUUUAAGUUGUUCAGCUCUGGAGCAAUAAAUUAUCUCGGUACUUGCAGCACUUUUGGAACAAACAAAAACAGCUGCAAGCAGAUUUCCCCACGGCUCUCUAGACUGUUCACUAUCUUUGUGCUUCCGGAUGUGACUGUAGAUGUUCUAUUUUCUAUCCAUUCCACACAAUUACAGCAAUGGCUGAAAAAUUUCCCAUUCAUGCCAAGGAUUGCAGACAUGGCACAGUGUAUUGUUGCUGCCACAUUUGAUAUAUAUCAUGCUGUGCGUAAACAUUUACACUCUUCAGCACAUGCUCCCCACAUUGUGUUUUCUCUACAUGAUCUUCUAAAAGUGUUCCAAGGGAUGCGCCUAUGGGAUCCAAGAACUCCACUUUCUCCUCUCCUGCUUCAGUUUGCUCCAGCUUCCCUUGGUCAAACAGCAAAUGUACUCAGCAUUGCCCGUCUGUGGAUGCAUGAGUGUUUGCGUACCUUUGGAGAUCGCCUGUCCUCAGAUGAGGAGAUUCAGAAACUGGUGUCAAUUCUAAUUCAGGUGUCUGAGAAGAAUUUUGGUGGUAGGCUGGCGGCUGAAUCUCAGACUAGUGGAGCAGACAGAUCUGGUCCUGCAUGCGAUUAUCUAAACCAGGAUCAACAUUCAACUCCUAUUUGGCAAGAUAAGGAUCAGCUUAUCACAUCAAGAAAAGAGUUCGAGAAUUCUUCACUGGCUGAAUUGACCGGUCGUUCAAAGCAGUCUGAGGAAUCAGAGAGCUCUGAGGAGAAGAGCAGCUCAGGCUCCAGCUUUUCAGUGAGUCAAAGUGAUGAUUAUAGUGUCACUUCUUCAAGCAGACGGAGCAAAAAUGAGAAAAACAACCCUAAAAUAGACUUCCAGUCUGAAUCAGCACCAAGCACUAGUUGCUCACCUGAGAUUCUUUGUCAGAGUCCUGAAGACUCUUCUGAAAGUUCUAGCAAAACAAUGAGCCAAAGCAUGGCUCUUCAGUAUGAACUGAACCAGUCUAACAUAUCAACAUGUGAAAAACCUCAAGCCAGUUCCAAAUUGCUUCUUCGGUUGCUGCUUGAAAUGGGUUCUUCUGCUUGUAAUAUAGUCUACAGCCCAGAAUUUUGUGAACCACACAAAUGUAUAGCACAGCAACAGGCUAAGCAGUACUCAGUGUACCAGGAGAGAGACCUGGACAGUCUGGUACAGCAGCUGGCUCACAUUAUAAAAAGAAAAGAGGAAGAAGAUAAUUGUAUAUCGGCCAACUUUGCUGUGUAUCGCAAGAGAGUACGUCAGCUUGUGCAUAUCCUACGUGCCUUACUUAUUCCUGGUGGACAUGGAGUUCUUUUUGGAGCAACAAAGAAAACAGGCCGGAAGACCACCGUACGCCUAGCAGCUUAUUUGACAGGGUAUCAACUAAUUGAGGUUCAUUGUGGAAAUGAGGGCAAACUAAAGGAGAUACUGAGAGAGGCUAUGAACCAGAUUGAUGUGCAUGGUGGACAUGUGAUGUUCUUGAUCCAUGAGACGAUCAGCCAGACCACUAGGGAUAAGCUACUGGUGGCCAUGGCUAAUGGAACAGUCCCAGGGCUUUAUUCAGAUGAAGAACUGAAGGAUAUGUUUCCAAAUAUUGGUGCCAUAAUGAAGAACUCUCACAAUCCUAUAAGGACUGCCCAGGUCUUUGAAAAGUAUUUCAGAAACAAACUAAGAAACCUGCACAUUUUCUUGUUACUGCCUCUCAACCAAGGCAGUUCUGAGAGACAACCCGGACAGUCAUCUGUUAUUGCGCCACAUAUUACCAAGGUUUUAAGCCUCUGCUUCUGUGUAGAGGUGUACCAGCCAUGGGGUUCUGAGACUUUGGUUGAAAUUGCUUCAGAUCAUCUAAGCCAUCUUCAGAUUUCAGAGACACAUGUUCAAGCUGACAAGACCUUAGUGGCCAGUAUUGCUCAGGCGAUGGCUGGAAUACACCAAUCUGCUAUAAAAUAUGCCUCCACCUUCUUAAACAUCCAACAAUUCAGCCCUCAGACCUAUUUCGAGCUGAUGACAUACUUCUCCCACCUCAGUGUCCACCUCUAUGAGCAAGUUAGAGGACCUGCUAACAGGGUGGCAACAGUUCUGGCCCAGGUGAAGGACAUGACUGACACAGCACAAGAGUACAGCCAAGAGCUUUUCAGACUUCAGGCCAAAUUUGAUGAGACCCAAAAGUGGCUGAACCGGCUACAAACAGCUGCGGACACUGAGGGCACACACUGUGAACAAGCUCGCCAGCACUGUCUACUGGAAGAGGGUCGACUUUCUCAUCUAGAAGAACAGUUAGAACUAGCUGACCAGCAAGCUCAAGAUGCCCUGGAUGAGGUGAGCCCAUUGUAUCAGGCAGCCCUUAAGGCCUUGCAGUCUUUAAACCAGUCUGACCUGGAAGAGGUGCGACACUACAGACAUCCCCCUGAUGGAGUUGUCAUGCUGAUGAAUGCUAUUUGCAUGCUAUUCAGUCGUCCAUGCAACUGGGAAAGCGGCAAACAACUUCUAGGGCAGCCCAAUUUCUUACAGGAAUUGGAAUUCUUUGACCGCUCAAACUUAAAUGAUGAGUUGUUUCAAAAGCUGGGUCAAGUUGUAAAGGCACCAAACUUUCAGCCACACUUGGUGCGCGAUAUGAGCCGAGCAUGUGAAUCUUUGAGCUGUUGGUUACAAGCAGUGUACCAGUACGCCUGGGUUCAGCGGCAUAUGGCCCCACGGGAAGCCCAGAAGAAGAAUUUACUCAAGCGCAUGGCCGAAAGCCGUGCUCGGCUGCGAGUGGCUAGGCUGCAGGAAGAGGCUGCACGAGGUAAGUUGGAGGAUAUGGAGAAGCAACAGCAGUUAGUCAGAAAGAACUUGGAGGACCUUGCUGUCCAACUCCAAAAGGUUGAAGCACAAGAGAAGGAGGCUGCUGCUGCUAUCAAGCAAUUGAGCGACCACACUGAGAAGUGGAUCUCAAUUGAAAAGGAAUUAAAAAUGAAUAACCACACCAUUUCUGGAGAUGCACUGAUUUUGGCUAGUGCCAUAGCUUACUUAGGCCCAUUUGGGCCUGACAUACGACUGGAUCUACUAGAAAAAUGGCACAAAAUGUGUCUCACAGCAAGGAUUAGUCCAGAAGACCUACAAAGUGGACCACAGUCUUCAUGUUUUCAGGACCCCCUCUUUGACCUCCCCAUUCCUGUGGCCAUGGAGCUUCACAGGAUCGUGGCUCGAGCACUAAUUUGUGAUUUAAAUUUUGAGGGCAUUUCAGAUCAGUUCCUAGGAGAUGUUGGAAGAUCAUAUAAGGAAGAGGAGUAUGAGCUUCUUGUAUCAGCGGAUGACCCAGAAUUUCUUGACAAACUCCGGCAUGGAGCAGAGAAAGGUUUAAGAGUGCUCAUUACUCACACUGAGCAUGCUGUUCCAAGUGAAGACUUUCUCAGCAUCUUAGUUCGGCCUGGUGGAAGCCACUGUCUUGGUGUAUUCCAUCCUGUUGAAGCGCUGCACUCUGAAUUUCAUCUCUUCAUAAGCACUGCACUUCCAGUACGGGUUCUGUUAGAUGAGAUUCACCCCUCAAUCCUGGAAAAGGUAAAAGUUAUUGAUCUGUCCUUAAGCACAUCUGAAGUCCAGGAUAUUAUACUGAAUAAUAUACUCCAAUCUGAGUGCUCAGAGGUGUGGAUACAGCACUGCCAAGCCAAAAGAGAUAAACAAGUACUUAAGGACAAGCUUCAUCUAGAGGAGGCUUCCUUGAUGGAUUUCAUGCUGCAGUCUUUCAGACCACUGCUGCAGGACCCUGAGUUCCUACCACAUGUCUCAGUGUGUCAAAGUAUUUCACUGAAACUUCACACUGAGAUUGAGGAGCUGUCCAGUAAAAUAGAUUACCACAAACCACUGCUUAAUGAGUUUCACCGCAUGGCUGUACUGGCCACAGACCUCUAUAAGGCUCUCCAGGAGGUUGGACGACUGUCCCCUUUCUAUUCCUUUCCUCUGCACAACUUCUUGCUUGUCUUGCGGGAAGCUUUAGCCCUGAAGGGCCAGCGAGAUGUUGCAUGUAGUGGGGAGGUAGUCAGUGGUGUGGUCAUGUCAGAAAUUUCACACAGGAUGGUGUCGCACAUACUUGCUCAAUACAGACCCUGCUUACUACAGAGUCAUGCAGAGGUACUGAGGUUGCUUGCGUCUGUAGCGUUCUUUAAGCACAAUGAGAGCUGCUCUGAGACCGAACACAUCACAUUCCUCAAAGGAAUCAGUGACAUGGAAUCCACAGAACAUGCUCCAUCAUCUGAACAGUCUGCUACUGAGCUUCCAAGCUGGAUACCACUGCACAUACAAGCUGAUGUUCGUCUCUUAGAGAAAAUCCCACCCUUCCAUGGCUUGGUCUCCUCUCUCAGGAGUUCAUCUAGACAGUGGCAAGAGUACCUACGCUUUCCUUCAUCCACUGUGGUCGGACAUGUUCCUUGUCAGUCACACUCCCACCUGACAACAUUACAGCGUGCUAUUCUCUGGAAGACAUUCUUUCCACAGUGGCUUGCAGCGGUGGCAGAUGACCUCACUGCCUGUCAGCAAGGACAGUCUUUGUCUUCAGGUGUGGCAAGCGGCCCUCACACUGGUUCUCCAGAGGCACUCUCUCACUUUUUGUCUAGGAAUGUCGGCCCUGUAAUUGUAACCCUACCUGGUCAAAGCCAAGAUGAGUCAGGAAGCAUCCACCCUCUCUAUUGGAUUAAACAAGUUGCCCAGUACCAAGCUGACAAGAAAGGGGUGAAAGUGACUGUAAUUUCUUUUGGGUCCAAAUGCCAAAGAGAUGUUCUUCUCUUAGCGCUUGACACAGCUGUUCAGACUGGCCAUUGGCUGGUCUUAAACAACUGUCACCUGCUUGACCAUUGGGAUGUCGAAGUGGUUUCUCAACUAAAACAACUGAUGUCUUACACAACAAAAGGGCAACUGGCAGGUCUGGAGACAAUAAAAGGGCUUAGUUUGGUUGGAAGAUGUGCAGAAAAUCAUGUGCACCCCAAUUUCCGGUUGUGGUUUAUAACAAAAGGCAAUGCUCCACUUUCUGUUCCAGCUGUAGUGAGGAUUGGUGCUGUGCACUUGGUGUGCGGCUCCCACUGGGACCUGAAGGAUGAGCUGUGCUCCUCUCUGAGACAAGUUAUUACCACAGAUCUUUCAGCCACCUCCUCUAGAUACACCAGACAGUUGGUAGAGCCUCUUAUUCGAUGUGCUAUUCUUCAUUCGGUGUUGUUGCAGAGACAAAAGUUAAAGCAUCUAGGACAAGGGAAACUUUACAACUGGACUCAAGAGGAUCUGCUUGCUUUGGUUGAUGCUCAGGUUCAUAUUACCCAACAUUGCAGAGACCCCACUGAAGCCCUGGAAUACAUAGCAGCUUACCUGACAUAUGGUGGUCAUGUGUCAGAUUCUGCUGACUUAGAGGUUGUGGAGGCAGUGUGCAGACUUUGUCUACGACCAGCACCUCCUAUAUGGGGAAGUGGCCCUCACACUCUUUCAAAAAUGAUCAUGACAGGAUAUUUUGAUGAGAAGGAUCUUCUGAAAGGUCUGGAGCAGCGUGUUCAAACCACACUGAGCAGUAAUGAUUCCAGUGUACUAGGCUUCAGUGCAUUUAUGACAAAUGAAAUGGUGAAAGUAAGAAGUCACAGACUCAGCAUCCUGCUUCUCCAGUCCCAAGGCAGCUUCAAAGCUGUCAGAGGUGCUGGUGUCUUAAAUCAUAUUCCAAAGCUCCCAGACUACAAAAAGGCUCAGGAAAGACUACAAGCUUUACACGACAAGAUGAGCUACAGAGAGGAAAGCAGAAGCAUGUGUCGGGGAACAGUGUCAUUAAGCCCCUUGCAUACCUUCCUUCAAACCGAGUGGGAGCACCUUACAGAGGUGGUGUCCUCAUUGCUCGACAUUUUUCAGCUACCCCAAGUCUCCUUUGCUUCUUCCUAUGUUACAUCAUCCACCAUUUCAAAGCUGGAGACUCGAGCACACUUGCUCAGAACGUAUCAGUCGCAGGAAUACAGUGUUUUAUGUCAUGUCUACUGCUUAUCUGCCUUUGCUAACCCCCGUGGCUUUCUGGCAGCCCUGAUCAGAGAGACUGUUCACAUCAGACAGCAAGAUGUCAGCCACUUUUCGCUGCAUUUUCAGGUCCUAGAUGCUGCAGUAUCUCCAGCCUCAAUGCCUUCAAGUGGUAUCUGCCUUUCUGGACUAGAGCUACAUGGAGCACUGUGGGAUACAAGGCUUGGAGUUCUGCAGGACACCCUAUCCUCUAAGCCUUGUCCUCUUCCUUAUCUUUGGGUCAGAGCUCAAGAAAGAGACACUGACAGUCCACACUCUAAUUCCUCCUGUUCUAUGCCUCUGUAUAACUGCCCCCUGUACCUGGACAAUGAAAAUGAAGAUGAAGACUGGAGCCUCUCAGAAGUAAAUAUUGUCACUCAUGUUCCCCUCAUGACAAGAUCAGACCCAGCACUUUGCACUCUGAGAAGAGUCAGAUUAGUCAGCACACUCCAAGAAACCAGUUUCAAGUACUAAUUUCAUUCCA